AGUUUAUGAUAGAAUCUAAAAUUUAGAAUUAAUUGUAAUAGAAAAUAUCAACAACAGUAAGAUAAAAUUAAAAAUAAUUAAUUUUGGAGCAUUUUAUUUUCUGUAUAUUUCAUAGUAGUGUUAGUAAAAAUAGUGAUAAUAUAAUUAAAGUAUUAUUAAUAAUCCCAUUUUAUGAUGAUUACAAACAUGUUUUUUUUUUCUGGUACUAUUUUUGCUUGCACUAAUUAAUAAUUUAUUGUAGGAACUUAAUUUAACAACGAGGCUACAAAUAGAUCGAUUGCUAGUAAAUAUUGCAGAGUUGAUCAUUGGCGGACACAAGACAUUGUGAGAUAUUCCAGGUUUUUUUUUACUAUGCCUCCUAUUAUGCCUCCUAAGAAUAGAAAGUAUGAAUGUGGAAAUGAUAAACGUAAGAAAAGGAAAAAAAUUGAAGAGUUAAUUCAAUCUCAAGCAGGAGCUCUUGAUAAAUUUUUGAUAAAAGAACCACAAGUUCCAAAUGAAAGUCAUUAUGUUGAUAAUACUAAUGUUGAAAUUCUUGAUAGUGUGCCCAUUGAAAAUGAUAAUGUUGAUAGUGUGCCUAUUGAAAAUGAUAAUGCUGAUAGUGUAUCUAUCGAUGAUGAAGUUAAUAAUGAUGAUGAUAAUCUUGAGGAAGUUAAUGAUGAUGAUGAUGAUGAUGAUGAUGUUGAUUACGAUAUAUUUGAUCCAAGAAAUUGGGAUCGUCUUCAACCUAAAAUGAUUGAUUUAUUAGUUAUGAAAGGGCCUAAACGGGAUAAUUCUAUUGUGAGGGGUCCUAGAGAUAAUUGGAAUCGACGCUUUACGACUAAUUUGUAUACUAGAGCUUUAGCAAAUGGAGAGAAGUUUGGUGCAAGAAUUAAAGAGCACGAGUUAGGCAUGGAACAUGUUAAGAAUAUGACUACUUGGUAUGAGUAUCGUCAAAGGUUGCAGAAAUUUCAAACUAUUGAUAAAACGACUCAAAGAUUAAUUGAGAAAGAAAAGGAUCACUGGAAAAAUGUUUUAAAAAGAGUUAUUUCAAUAGUGAAAUUUCUUGCUAAACAUAAUUUGGCAUUUCGUGGUUCUAAGGAAAAGUUGUACGAAGAUAGCAAUGGCAACUUUUUGGGUUUGAUUGAAAUGUUAGCUGAAUUUGACCCAAUUAUCCAAGAACAUGUUAGACGUGUUACAACUCAAAAAGUUCACACUCAUUAUCUUGGACAUAAAAUACAAAAUGAGUUGAUUUCAUUACUUGGUUCUGCAAUUAAAAUUGAAAUCAUUAGAAAAAUCAAACAAGCAAAGUAUUUCUCAGUAAUACUUGAUUGUACUCCGGAUGUUAGUCACCGAGAGCAAAUGUCUUUGAUAAUAAGAUAUGUGGAUGUUUCUUCAACUUCUAUUAGCAUUGAGGAAUCAUUUUUAGGAUUUUUGAAUGUGAAUGAUACAACUGGUCAAGGGCUUUUUGAUGUUUUACAAAAUGAAUUGAAAGAACUUGGUCUCGACCUAUUUGAUGUAAGAGGACAAGGUUAUGAUAAUGGGUCAAAUAUGAAAGGAAAACAUCAAGGUGUACAAAAGCGAUUUUUAGACAUAAAUCCAAGAGCUUUUUAUACUCCUUGUGGUUGUCAUAGUCUUAAUUUGACAUUGUGUGAUAUGGCUAACUCUUGUAAUAAAGCUAGGAAUUUUUUUGGAGUUGUUCAACGCAUUUACACAAUUUUUGCUAAUUCAACAAAGAGAUGGCAAAUUUUGAAAGAUAAUGUAAAAGGGUUGACUCCAAAAUCAUUAUCAUCCACUCGUUGGGAAAGUCGUGUUGAAAGUGUCAAAGCUAUAAGAACUCAAAUGUCAGAUUUUACAGAAGCUUUACUUGAAGUGUCAGAACAUGAUCUCGAUCCUAAGAUACAAAAUGAAGCUAAAUCCUUAGCAACUAAUGAGCUUGGUGAUUUUGAAUUUUUGAUGGCUAUAAUUAUUUGGUUUGAAAUAUUAUCUGCAAUUAAUUUUGUUAGCAAGCUUUUACAGGAAAAGGAUAUGCUUAUUGAUGUUGCUAUGGAAAAAAUAAAGGAGUUGAUUUCAUUUUUUGAAGGAUAUAGAGAAACAGGUUUUCAUAAGGCAUUGGUUAAUGCUAAGGAAAUUGCGGUUGAAUUGAAUAUCGCUCCAAUAUUUCCUCAAAGGCGUAUAAUUAAAAGAAAAAGACAGUUUGAUGAGAAUUUGAAUACACCAGCAGUCGAGCUAUCUGAAGAGGAAUCUUUCAGGGUUAAUUAUUUUCUUUACCUUGUUGAUCAAGCUGUUGUUUCUCUUAAUAAGAGAUUUGAGCAAUACCAAGAGUAUGAAAGUAUUUUUGGUUUCUUGUUUACUUCUCACAAGUUACAAUCAUUGGAUGAUGCAACUUUGAAGUCUUUUUGUAGUAACUUUGAACGAGUACUGAAACAUAAUGAGCAAUCUGACAUUGACGGGAAUGAAUUUUUUGAGGAAUUAAAGUUACUAAGACAAAUGUUGCCUGAAGAAAUCAUAAGACCUACUGAUAUAUUAUUAUUUUCAAAAGGCUUGGAUUGUUUUCCUAAUACAGUUAUUGCAUAUAGAAUUUUGUUGACUAUUCCUGUGACAGUUGCUUCUGCAGAAAGAAGCUUUUCAAAAUUAAAGUUGUUAAAGACUUACUUGCGGUCUACCAUGUCACAAGAAAGACUUAACGGAUUGGCGUUGAUAGCAGUUGAAAAUGAUCUUUUGGAGACAGUAAAAUAUGAGGAUUUGGUUGAUGAAUUUGCUUCAAAAAGUGUUAGGAGGAAGGCUCUUUUUAAGUAGUUAGAAACUUUAUAUU